UCCCGCAGGGCGGCUUCCGGCGCACGGCCGCCUCCCCCUCCUCCUCCUCCUCCUCCUCCUCCUCCUCUUUCUUCGGCGGCUGCGGAGCUGCGGGAGCACCAUGGCUGCCAACUGCGAGCGCACCUUCAUCGCCAUCAAGCCCGACGGCGUGCAGCGGGGGCUGGUGGGAGAAAUCAUCAAGCGCUUCGAGCAGAAGGGCUUCCGCCUGGUGGCCAUGAAGUUCGUGCACGCCUCUGAGGACCUUCUCAAGCAGCAUUACAUCGACCUGAAGGAUCGGCCCUUCUACCCCGGCCUGGUGAAGUACAUGAACUCCGGCCCCGUUGUGGCCAUGGUGUGGGAGGGGCUCAAUGUGGUUAAAACAGGCAGAGUGAUGCUGGGGGAAACCAACCCUGCGGACUCGAAGCCCGGCACCAUCCGUGGGGAUUUCUGCAUCCAAGUGGGAAGAAACAUCAUCCAUGGCAGCGACUCUGUAGAAAGUGCCCAGAAAGAGAUUAACCUUUGGUUCAAACCAGCGGAGCUCAUCGACUACAGAUCGUGUGCACAUGACUGGAUCUAUGAGUGAUGCCAGUUUCCACAAUGAAUUGUGCCUUCUGACUCAUCUCACUCCAGCUAACGAUCUGGGAGCAAUUAGCACAGCGGUUAUCUUGACGACUUUUCAGAACCAUCAAAAAUAAAUGGAUAAUAUAAAUGAA